AUUUUAUAAAUUGCAACAUUAACUUAAUUUUUAUUAUAUUUUUGUACUGUGGCAACUUUUCUCUCUCUUGCUCUGCGACACGGACCGAAUACACGUAUGUAAUUAUUUGCAAUCGCCGUUUUAUUUACUGAAAAGCUGAAUCUCCUGCAUCAGCGCACCAGCCCUAUCAACACACUACACCGCUGCACAUGGUCCUUCGAAGAAAGAAGCGCUGCUGGGAGACGAAACUCCAGGUUUGCAAACAAAUUUACGGCCGUGUCGCACGAGGCCAUUUUUUUUUGGUGAGCAUUGAGCAAGCAAACGGGCUCGCGAUUUCCUGUGAGACUGGUCGUCGCUACAAAAUCGCAAUACCUAUACGAUUCGACGGCCACAAUUACAAGAUCCACAGGAGGAAGCCCAGCAUCAGCAUCGAUCUAAAAUUCGAUUUCACCGUCGUCGCCGGAGUCACCUCUGCAGGUGCGAAGAGUACACUUGGCAGCAAGAUAGGGUGUUCCGCGAGAGCAAGCGAGACGGAGCACAUCGAAAUUCGAAAGAUUCGCAUUUCAUCGCACGCCCGCACGCAACAAUAGGAAUAGGACAAUCGUACGGGCGCGAAAGAGACAGCAAGUGACGCCGCAAAACUUCACAGCAGCAACAGGCGAGCUCGCGCAACCGCCAUUUUGUUGGGAAGAAUUGGAUCGCCGUCGCCGAUCAAUACUGUAUAAAAAAUAUUACAAUACUGUGUAAAAGUGUUUAAUAUAGCAGUGAAUCUUGUAAUACAUAGUUAAUAGUGUUCCUGUAAAGUUAUUAUUGAGUUAUUAACGUAAAGUACAGGUAAUAUUUGUUUUAAGAAUCGACAAGUUUAGCGAACAAUGGAAGACCUAAAGAAAAAAGUCGCCGCACGCGGUUAUGUGAAAGACAGUUACACUGCGAAGGCCUACCAACUUGACCGGGAUAUGAAUGCUAAGCCGCAAUUGGAGGAUUUUCUCAAUUACAUUGAGAACCGAGCCAAUGCACUGGAGAAUGUCGAGCAGGGACAUCAACCCCAUCCUGGUAAUAGUAGCAGUAAGGUAGCAGCAGUCGCCACUACAGGAGCAACAUGCACUUACUGUAAGUCUUAUGAACAUAAAUUGUUUAACUGUAAAAAGUUUCAGUUAUUGCCUGCAAAUGAUAGAUACACAUUUGCCAAAGAAAAAAAAGUAUGUAUGAUUUGUUUAGGUCAGCAUGGUGGCAAAUGCAGGUUUCACUUCCGGUGCUCAGAGUGCAAGAAGCCUCAUAACACUCUGCUUCACUGCAAUUUAAGUGAAACCCCACCAGCUGUCACCUUAUCAAGUAAUGUUGAUAACAAUGUACUUUUGCCUACAGCUAAAAUCAAGGUAGUAGCAAGGGAUGGUACUCAAUACAUUAUCAAGGCGUUACUGGACAGCGGAUCUCAAGUUUCAUUUAUAACCACAAAGGUUGUUCAGCUAUUAGGAUUAACGCCCUUGCAAAGUGAUACUUGUAUUAUUGGAAUCACUAAUGAAAAGAGUAAUAUUAAGUACUGCAUUCCUAUUGAAAUUCAUUCAUUAAAUUCACCAUUCAAGACAACAGUAACUUGUCAUGUACUUAAAGAUGUUACAUGCAAAUUACCGCAAAACAAAUUUGAUGUCUCUAGGGUCAUUAUACCACCCAACAUUAUAUUGGCAGAUGACCAAUUUAAUGUUCCUAGUGAAAUCAACAUGUUAUUAGGGGCUGAUGUAUUUUUCCAGACGCUAUUGCCCAACGAGCAGUGCAUGACCAUCAGCCUGCCCAGCCACAGCAACCAGUCAUCAGCUGUGCCCCGGAGUGCUGCUCAUCCACCACAACAGCCUAGUAGCACACAGCUACACGUCUUCAACACAUACUUCGGGCACAUUGUAGGAGGGAAUCUGCCACCUAAGGUAUCUCAACAAACAUGUAAUAGUGUAGUUUUGAAAUGUGAAUUAGGUCUCAAUGAGACACUUGCCAAGUUUUGGACAAAUGAAAAAGUUCCAGAGAGAUUUGUUGAACAAACAUCUGAGCAAGAACUUUGUGAAAAAAUCUUUCAAAGUUCAGUUAAAUUAGUUAAUAACCAGUUUGAAGUUCCUAUACCUUUAAAAAUACCUUUGUCAGAUGUAAACGAUACUCUUGGUGAGUCUUUUCACUUAGCAUUAAAAAGGUUUUUGAAUUUGGAAAAGAGAUUGCAUAGUAAUCCUGAUUUAUUCAUGCAAUAUCAAAAUUUCAUUCAUGAAUAUCUAUCUCUUGGUCAUGGUCAUUAUGUUGAUAUAGAAUUGUAUGAUUUAUGUAAGCAUGCAGUAUAUUUUUUGCCACACCAUGCGGUUAUCAAUAACAAUAGCAAAACUACAAAGCUUCGCACAGUGUUUGAUGGCUCAAUGAAAACAAACAAAAAAGUUUCUUUGAAUGAUUUACAACUUAAUGGGCCAGUGGUUCAAAAGGAAUUAUUUGAUAUCAUUUUAUUAUUUCGUUUAGGUAGAUACACAUUUACUACAGAUAUAAGGCGUAUGUUUAGAAAUAUUAAAAUAGACCCUCAAUACACUUCCCUUCAAAAUAUUUUGUGGAGGGACAAUCCGGACGAGCCAGUUAAGUGUAUUAGAUUAGACACAGUUACAUAUGGCUUGAAAAGUUCAAGUUACUUAGCAACUCGUUGUAUAGAUGAGCUAGCAAAUAAAUAUGAAAAGUUAUACCCACUAGCUUCAUCCAUUAUCAAAAAUAAUCAGUAUGUUGAUGAUAUUAUAUAUAGUAAUAAUAAUUUAGAAACCACUGUCAGUGCCAGAGACCAACUUCGUGAUUUGCUUAAAUUAGGUAGUUUUAACACUCAUAAAUGGUCAUCAAAUAAUGAAAAUGUGUUAAGUACUAUACCAUCAAACGAAAGACAUUUUGAUAGUUUAGAAUUGCAAAAAGAUAAUUAUUAUAUGAAAGCCCUAGGACUUCAAAUAAAUGUAAAGGAUGAUCACUUUAUAAUCUCUACUCCAGAACCAUUUGAUACAAAAAAGGUUACAAAAAGGAGCAUACUUAGUUAUAUAGGUAGAUUCUAUGACCCAAUGGGAUUUGUGAGCCCAAUUGUGGUCACAGCAAAGGCCAUAAUGCAAAAAUUAUGGUUACUGAACACAGGUUGGAAUGACAGUCCGCCUGCAAAUGUUCAGCAAGAAUGGUUUAAUUAUACCAAUAAUUUAGCUGCAAUGCAGCCUAUCCUAUUAGAUAGGAAUAUUAGUGUUUCAGAAGGAGACUCGGCAGAUUUAAUCGGCUUUGCUGACGCUUCGAGUAAGACAGCCUACGGAUGCUGUGUGUACCUGCGAGUCACAGACCAAACAGGUACAACGAAAUUGCAUCUACUUUGUUCGAAGUCGCGAAUCAAUCCUAUCCAAAAGAAAGGCAUGACUGUGCCAAGGCUUGAAUUGAAUGCUGCACUCUUGCUAUCAAAAUUGGUUUUGAGGACUCAUGAUACACUCAGAGUCAAAAUUAACAUCAGGCAUGUUUGUUUAUUCAGCGACUCGCAAAUCGUUCUUGCAUGGCUAAACACUGAGCUAACAAAACUUCAAGCUUACGUAUCGAACAGAGUAAGUGUAAUUCGUCAAAACACAUCUGGAUACAGUUGGCAUUAUGUCAAUACGCAUGACAAUCCUGCUGAUCUCAUUAGCCGAGGCGUCAACCCGAAUGAGCUGAGUAGCUGCGAUAUUUGGUGGAAUGGCCCUAAGUUCCUGCAAAACAGUGAGUACAAGUUUGCUGCUUAUAGCUCACCAGCUGAGUCACUCACAGAGGAGCGCUGCUUAGCUCCUUCCAGCAACUUGGUGUGCCAAAAUCCCAAUCCGCUUGACUAUGUGUUCAAGCGCUUGCAUAAUUACUCUAAUAUAAAUAAAAUAGUAAGGCUAUUAGCAUACAUAUUGCGAUUUUUAAACAAUAUUAACAAAAAUAAUUCUAAAAUAAAUACAAACUAUCUGCAAAGUUCUGAGUUAGAUAAUGCAUUAAUGUUACUUAUUAAAUAUGAACAAAGUAUAUAUUUUAAAUCUGAAAUCAAAGCAAUAAGCAAUAAUAAGAGCUUGAAGGGGAAUCUAGUUGAGUUGCAUCCCUUUCUUGACAAUAGGGGUCUAUUGCGCGUUGGUGGCAGGCUGCAUUAUGCUAAUAUAGCUUAUUCACAAAAACAUCCUGUCAUACUACCUAAGGGCUCUUCAAUUACUAGCUUGCUUAUAAGGUGUGAACAUGAAAGGCUACUGCACGCAGGGCCUAAGCUUUUACUCUCGCAUCUCAAUCAAAGGUUUUGGAUUGUUAAUGGCUUAUUAGAAGUUAAGAAAGUAACUCACAAAUGUAUUGUAUGUUUCAGACAAAAGGCCUUAGCAGCCAAGCAACUGAUGGGCUCCUUGCCGGCUGCACGUGUAACAGCCACCAGCAGGCCAUUUGAGAAAGUCGGCGUGGAUUUCGCUGGGCCAAUUGAUGUGAAACUCUCUCGCGUAAGACGAUCUUUAAUAGGUAAAGGGUAUAUCUGUGUAUUCGUAUGUUUCGCGACAAAAGCAGUUCACUUAGAACUUGCAUCAGAUUUGACCACGGAAACCUUUCUUGCGUGCUUAAGGAGAUUUAUCUCCAGACGAGGUUUGCCCACCGAAAUUCACUGCGACAAUGCAAGUACUUUUAAAAGUGCAAGGAGUCAAUUAGUUGAGCUCUACAAGCUGCAAGCUUCGCAGAGCCACCAAAUGCAGGUUCAAAGAUUUACCGCCGAGCGUGGGAUACAAUUUCACUUUAUACCAUGUUACUCACCUACAUUUGGCGGGCUCUGGGAAGCGGCAGUUAAGAGCACGAAGUUUCACUUAAAAAGAAUAUUACAAAAAACCGUUCUAACUUAUGAACAGCUUAAUACUGUAUUAACUGAAAUCGAAGCAGUGCUUAAUUCUAGGCCACUCUUACCUUUAUCUUCAAACUCUGAUGAUUAUUGUUAUUUAACACCUGGUCACUUUAUUAUAGGUAGUGCUUUGUCAAUGUAUCCUGAAAUAAAUGUAUGCAACGUUCCACAAAAUAGACUUAAGUUUUGGCAACUAUGUAAUUCUUUAAAACAAUCCUUUUGGAAAGUGUGGCACCAAUGUUAUUUAAAUUUAUUACAAAACAGGCCUAAGUGGCGUGAUACAGUUUGUAAUGUUAAGUUAGGCAACUUAGUUAUUUUAAAAGAGGACAAUAUUCCUCCUAUGUCAUGGCCAAUGGCACGAAUUGUUAAAUUAUUUCCAGGACAUGAUGGAAAAAUUAGGGCAGUUGAUGUUAGGACACCAAAUGGGAAAACCCAUACCCGUGCCAUCAAUAAAAUUUGUUUACUGCCAAUAGAAUAUGAUGAUAGUACUUAAGAAAUUGUAUUAAUGUUUAAUAAUAAGUCAUAUUUGUAAAACCAUAUAAGUUAUAGUUUUUUACUCUUAUGUAGUGUAAAACAUAAUUGUAAGUUAUUGUAUAAGUAAUAAAUAGAUAAAUACAUAGCAUAAAUAAUAAUGUAACCUUCACUCUAGUUUCUUUUGAUUUAUUUCAAAUAAUUGUUAUUUGUGUUUUCUGUGAGGCCGCAGCAUGUUGGAUUUUAUAAAUUGCAACAUUAACUUAAUUUUUAUUAUAUUUUUGUACUGUGGCAACUUUUCUCUCUCUUGCUCUGCGACACGGACCGAAUACACGUAUGUAAUUAUUUGCAA